AUGGCAAGUGGUUCGUUGGCCUAUCGGCCCACACAGGAUCGGGAUACCGGCCUGACAAAGUUUGGUUUCCUGGUCUACGCCGGGACCGUUCGUGAUUUUCACGAAUGGGAGUUCCGUGCCUUAACGCGCUGGAACCAAACUGAAAAGGAUGACAAGAAGGCUCUUGCAUCCAAGUUUCUCGACUCCUUAAGGGGCGAGGCUUACAUAAUCGCUGAGGACCUCGGUUCCGAGGUCCUGUACUCAGAAAACAACAUCCCAGCGAUUGUGGAAGCCGUUAGAAAGAUCUUGUUUCCUCUGCUUGAGCAGGAGAGCAAAGAGCUCUAUCGCCUGGGUACACAAGUUGGUGGUCUGUUGGCCCGCCAGCCUGGUGAACCCAUGAUGAGCUACUUCGCCCGGCGCAAAAGAUGGUGGCGCAAGCUCCAACAGCUUGACAAGAACGUUGCCAUCAAUGAGGCCGUUCUUACGGACUUGAUCCUGGACAACUCAGGAUUGAAUCGGCAAGAGCGCCUCAUGGUGCUAACGGCGAUGGGCACCUCUACAAAAGUAGAGGAUGCCGAAAAGGCUCUCAUCAAGAUGCAUAGCCGCAUCCAUGCCACCGAGAGAAGAACCGGUUCCAAGGGAGGAACUGGAGGUGGCAAAGGCAAAGGUAGCUUUGUGAAGAAGUUUGGUAAAGGAAAGGGUUCCUCCAAGGGAACUUCCUUCUCCUACCUUUCGGCCGUGGAAGAGAUCUUCGAUAGCUACGACGAGGACGGCACUGCACUUGCAGCAAACGAGGAAACAGAUCAUGGAGAUGACUGGGUCUACCACGGAGAAGGUGGAGACGACACACAGGACGGCGACGAUGGCGAAGACGCCGACCUUGUGGCGUGGACAGCAGACUCAUCCCUAAGGGAUGUAGAGCUGGAUGUCUUCACCGCCUUCCUUGGCACGGACGGUUUCGACGAGAGCGACCGUGAUGGUAUAGCCUUUCUUUCUGAAGCCGUCCAGUCCGAGACCGUUGCCUUCAUGGCCAUCCGGUUUCGGGACCAAGCUGUGCAGACUGAUGAUCCGUCCGGAUCGCCCAGCUUGUCCGAGACAGAGACCAUUAUGGAGCACGAGAAAGCUCUGUACAUGGCUCUUGGGCAUGAGGAUGACCUUAACCCCGAGGCCUACAUGGGAUUCUUUGAGCCAGGUGAGAUGGACCCCUCUGAUGAGGAGCUCGAAGAAGACUCUGGGUCAGUGGGUGCAUCCUCGGUUUGGGAAGCUGUAGGUGGCGACUACCCUGAUGGAGGUGACCAAGAGUUCCACUUUGGAAUGCACAAGGGUCAAACCUUCAUUGAGGUCCUGCGCAGCCACCCUGACUACUUCCAUUGGGGACUGGGACAGAAGGAGCCAAGCCCCCAAUUGUCAGCCUACCUCAUCUGGGUGUUCAGACACUAUGAGGCGGACUCAUUGGAGAAGGCUCGUGCUUCUAUCACUCUAGUGAAGAAGUCAAAGAGCAAGCUCAGCCACAUGCGAAGCAAUGCACAUGUGAUGAAGACCACCUGCAUGGUUUGUGGGCAUAAGACCUCUACACCUAGGCCAAAACCGGAGCCUACACAGAGGCACGAGGUUUGCUUGCACAAGCGCACAGACAACCGCAACAGCGCCCGCUCAGUCCACAGGGUUUACUGCCUUGACUGCUGCGCCAACAUUGAGGAGAUCCCUCAAAAGUUGUGGAAGCAGCAGCAAGGACUUGCUGACCAGGUCAAGCAGAGUCCCUUGAGGCAGCAGGACCUGACACGCAGGCAGCUUGAGGAGUGCAACUUCACAAAGUUUGAGGCUGCUGAGGUAGUGAAGAGGUUCUUUAAGCACAUGGACAAGUUCCUGGUGAAGGUUGACAAUGUUACUUCAACAGAGAUGUCUAGUUUUCUAGAAGAUGCUAUGGACAUCGUCAAGGAGCGUAGUAGCCAACCUACUCCUGACUUUGACCCUGCUGCUAGGUCCUCUUCUGCGCCUGUUUCUCCUGAAAGGGUAAGACGUGUAGCCUCAAACCCCACAACUCCUCAACGACCAACCGCAGCCGUUUCUCAGACAAGCACUCCUGUGCUGCCACGUGCUUCGAGUGGCAAAGGGAGCGGCUCGGGCACGCCAGCCCGUAAGCCCUUCGCGGGCAUGGCACUUAGUGACGACUCUGCUGAGGGCGUCAACUCAGACAGUGACCAUUCAGAUGGCACUGUGAAGACGGCCGCGGCCAUCCCCGAGCCAGCGCUCAGACUCGUUGAUCCCUUAGCGGACAACGAGAACGUCUGGGUCAUGCUGGACGAGGGGUGCAACCAGACGUGCCGGCGUCGUGUGGAGGCUCCACUCCAGCGCCGUUUUGGCGCGGUCGGCAAGGCCCCCUUGUUGGGAGAGAUUCGGUCUGUCGAGCUCGACAGCCCCGACAUCCUUUGCCUCCUCUCGCUUCAGGACCAGGUCCAGCUUGGGCUGACAAAGGACCUGAGGCGAGGACGCGCUAAGCUUUCGGGCUACAGCGGAAGCGUAGAGCUGGCCAGGCACGUCAAGACUGGGUUGCUGCUGAUGAACAUCUCGCAGUUCCCAGCAAAGGCCUCCUCGAGACAUAAGCACUUCAUGAUCAAGAACGAGGAGCAUGAGGCCGUGAACAAGAAGUACUUGGAAAGAAAGGCAUCGAUCCCUGUAGGGGACGAUGACCACUCAGCUUACAUGCUGGGUGAAAGUGUCCGAGACAAGGGACAGAAAAAGAAGGUAUCAAUAUACACCCUUGGUUUGGAGAGGCUCGAGCUCAGGCACCGCUCCAAGAAAGUGUACCAGGGUGUCAACAAGCUGAUUGGUACCAUGCGCAGAGGAAAGUCCUAUGACUUCACCCUGGACAACCCUGAGCACGAGGACACGCUCCUGAAGUCCCUCAGGGAGAACUACGACGUCCUUAAUGGGGUGAGUGAUAGGCAGAUCCUGUUCCUGGACUGCAGAGAAAUGGGUGAUCCUGGUAAGGACCCCACGUUGCGCGACCACACCCGCAUGAACGAGGCGAACGUUAAGCACAUGAUCACCGCCGAGCGCACAGAUGCGACGGCCCCAACUGGAAGUACCUCUGCGGAGUGCCUCGAGACUGUGACCAAGACUUGGCUGGAGCACGUCCCCAAGGACAAGGACAAGGAAGCCAAGAAGGCUGAGGCCACUUCCUCAGAACCCACCGGGAGUCACAGUGCCCAGGCUUCUAUGGAGCCUGCCAAGGUCACAGCUGAGGUGACUCCUAAAGGAGCACCAUCUCCACCUCCUCAGACUGCCCCCUGCACAACCUCCAAGGCUAAGCCUGAGGAGCCCCCGAAGCAGGUGGCUGAAGCAAAGGCCAGUGAGGUGAAGAAGGAGUUCCUAAGGCCCACGCCAAAGGUCAAGGCCCAGGACACCUUCCCUGCACCGGCCAAGGCAGGAGCGAAGGCGAAGACCGGGGCUGCCGAUGCUGUAAGCGCUGCGCCCAGCAGCAUGGACACCACCAGCGGCACUAGCGCCGCGGUCGACGUCAAGGACAACGAGAUGGAAAAGAAGAAGGAUGAUCCCGCGAAACGGACAUCCAGUGAUGAUAAGGAUGACUCCACCGUGAAAGCGCCCGCAGCAAGUGAUCCCAAGAAAGGGACACGCGCUUUGGACCCCGGGGACAAGCCUCCACGACCUGCGGCCCUUCAUGGAGUUAGCCCACUGAUGGCGAAAUACAGUGACAAUUUGGUGACCCUCGCUUGCGCGGAAAGAGGACGGAGCACGACUGGUGCCCGGACCUGGAGAUCGCGAACGCUGGACCAGGCGAUCAUGCAGAUCGACGAGGAAGGUGGCGCAGCCGGCACAGCUGCGAGUGCCACUGAGACUCGUGGUGCCUCAGGUUCUGCGUCCGGGAGCGGAGCAGAAACUCGAGACCGCGCCAGGUCCGCGAACCGCGUUACCUCCACUGCGUUCGAGCGCGGAAAAGGCAAGGGCGACGAUAAGGGCGCUAGCAAAGGCGGUAAGCGUGGCAAGCAGACGCAUACCGUCAGCGACCCUGCCUCGCUCACCCACGCCGUGACGCGGCGCGACCUCCUGGCAUUCGACAAGGGUGGCCAACUCGUGGGACAAGUACCCCGACGCGCUGCGGCGAUACCACAAGUGCGUGAUGGGCAGCAUGGAUGGGAGUUCGUCGAGGUGGACGUCCGCGCAGAGCAGUGGACCUACUUUGGUAACAGGCCUGCUGACAACCCCAAGCGCAUGCUGGUGUUCAUGGUCCCGCCGCGUGGUGGCUCAGCGUACUACGUUGGAGGCGAGCUGCCGAACUUGUACGCCAGUACACUUCGAGUGAUGACUGCCGGCCAAGGCAAGUCAUACGAGGAUUCUGCAAAGAACCUCGACAAGCAUGAUGAGAUGCUGUUGAAAGCACUCAACGUGCCAGGAGCAGGCAUGGCGACCACCAAGGACUUGAACACCAUCGCCAGCUCAGACUUCCAGCCUGGAUCCCUCGAAGGGACCGGAGCCAGUGUCACUGUGCGGCACCCUGGCUACAAGAUGGACCUCAUCGAGGACGACGGCUGGAGGCGGCAAAUCUCUAAGGAGAUUGCGCGCGAGAAAAUGGACUUGUUGUUGCUAGUGUAUAGCCUAGCUGACAGCACCAGUCUCACCGGUAGAGGCGACCUAGGUAUAGGCACCUACUCCCAGGCCAUAGGCGAGGUCAUGACGCACUGGGCUGACAGUGAGCAUGAUAUUCACUACACCCCCGUAAGCAUAGCUGACCUCUUGGAUACCCUUCCCUUAGCCGGUUUUCCCAAGGAAGAGUCUGAAAGACGCAGAGAGUGGGCUAAGAUACCUAGGCUUCCGCAAGGAGUCGGCCACAUCCUCGAUGAAGAGGAACUCGGCCAGCUAGGAGUCCUCUCCGGGCUGCAAGACGCCUCCACCGUUGGGGAGGAUGUCCGACUGGACAAUCCCAACGCUCGGCCGGAGCGUAAACGCGCGCCGACUCAUCG